GAGAGAGCAGAGUGACCCAGACCAGAUCUUUUCACUCUCUGAACGUUCUUCUCGCAGCUUCUCCCGCUUCCUCUUUUACCGCUCUCUCCCCGUUCAGCUCUUUACCCUUGAAAGUUUCUCGUCGUCUUUGAGCUGCCCAUUGAUUGAAGCGGCUGAAUUUCUCAGGCCUCUCGCUGUGGCUCGUCUGUGAAACGGCCAUGCGCCGCUCCUAGGUCUUGAACACACCGUAGAUAGUGUUUGCAGUGGGAAGAAAUUGUAGAUUAGUUGCCAUGUAUGCAAGUAGAUUGAAGUGCAAAAAGCAAAGAUGGAGUGUUGUGGUUCAAUCAUCCAAAUCACUUAGGUCUCACUUUCAAGAGCGUGCUCCUUCUCGGCCUUUGAGCUGCAUAGUAGUCUCGGAAAUCCACCAUCUGCAGUUCAGUUCAAUCAGAAGAUACCUGUCAGAGUUGCCUUCAUCUCAUGGUGUUGCAGCAGGAACUUACAUUAAGGGCUUGUAUCCGUGGCAUAAUUCUAGUCUGAACAGUUGUCAGUUACGUGCGUACAGUUCUGAAGGUGAUGGAAGAAAUGCAAGUGAGGAUAAACAAGAACCCACUAAAGAUGGGUCUAGCAUUGAUAGCGGAAAAUCCAUGCGGGACAGAGAAACGGCCACUGAUGUUGUCAGUGGUCGCGAUUCGCAUGCGAGACUGGGCGAACGGGACCAAAAGGAAUGGCUUCACAAUGAGAAACUGGCAAUUGAAAGUAAAAAGAAAGACUCGCCUUUCCUUAGUAGGCGUGAAAAAUUCAAGAACGAGUUUUUGCGAAGGAUUGUUCCUUGGGAGAAAAUAAGUGUUUCCUGGGAGACAUUUCCUUAUUACAUUAAUGAACACACCAAAAAUACCUUGGUAGAAUGUGUGGCAUCUCAUAUGAAACAUAAGAAGAUCAAUUCAUCUUAUGGUGCUCGCUUAAAUUCUUCCAGUGGGAGAAUACUGCUUCAGAGUGUUCCAGGGACCGAACUUUUUAGAGAGAGGAUAGUUAGAGCACUUGCUCAGGAUCUACAAGUUCCUUUGCUGGUGCUCGACAGCAGUGUACUUGCUCCAUAUGAUUUUGGUGAGGAUUGCUCAUCAGAAUCAGAUGAUGACCGUGCCGAAUCUGCAGAGGAUCGUGCUUCUGAGUCAGAGACUGAGGAUGAGAAUGAAGCAAGUAAUGAAGAAGAAUGGAACAGCAGUAGUGAAGCUAGAUCUGAUGGUAGUGAUGAUGAAGCAGAUGUGCAGGCAACUGCAGAAGCAGCCCUUAAGAAGCUUGUCCCAUGCAACCUUGAAGACUUCGCAAAGAGGGUUUCAGGAGAAUCAGAGAGUUCAUCUGAGUCAUCAAAGCCUGAAGAUGUUGCAAAUUCAAACCAACCGAAGCAGCAACUUAAGAGAGGGGAUCGAGUAAAAUACAUCGGACCUUCUCAAAAGAUUUCAGAUGAUGACAGGAUUGUAUUGGGGAAGAUACCGACUUCUGAGGGCCCCAUAAAUGCUUAUACAGUAAUACGUGGCAGGCCUUUAUCUACAGGCCAGCGUGGGGUAGUGUAUGAGGUGAGUUUAGACAGGGUAGCUGUUAUUUUGGAUACAAAUGAAAAUAAAGCUAGUGGUGAUGAGGCAGAUGAGACAUCCACUGAGCAAUCUACUCCACCGAUCUGGAUAAGUGUUAACGACAUUGAGCCUGAUUUGGACAGUCAAGCUGAAGAUUGUUACAUAGCAAUGGAGGCACUUUGCGAGGUCUUGCAUUCCCAGCAGCCUCUUGUUGUGUAUUUUCCAGACUCUUCACAAUGGUUGUCUAGGGCUGUUACCAAGGCGAACCGCUCAAAGUUUGUCAACAAAGUGCAUGAAAUGUUUGAUCAAUUACAGGGCCCUGUUGUUUUGAUAUGUGGUCAGAACAAAGUUGAAACAGGCUCAAAAGAGAGAGAGAAAUUUACAAUGAUACUCCCAAACAUUGGUCGCCUUGCCAAGCUGCCUCUUUCACUGAAGAGUCUCACUGAGGGUCUUAAGGCAAACCGGAGAUCUGAUGUUGACUCUAUACACAAUCUCUUCAACAACAUCCUUCAUGUACAUCCUCCCCAGGAGGAACAUCUCCUCAGGACGUUUAAUAAGCAGGUUGAAGAGGAUAGGAAGAUAAUCAUAUCGAGGAGUAAUAUAAAUGAACUAAAUCAGGUUCUUGAAGAACAUGAACUAUCUUGUAUGGACCUCCUACAUGUGAACACUGAAGGCGUGAUACUGACAAGACGGAAAGCUGAGAAAGUUGUUGGCUGGGCUAAAAAUCAUUAUUUAUCAUCUUGUGUGCAUCCUGCCAUUAAAGGAGACAGACUUUCCCUGCCACGUGAAAGCCUUGAAGUUGCAAUUGUCAGAUUGAAAGAGCAGGAGGCAGUAUCUCGGGAAACCUCCCUAAAUUUUAAGAACCUUGCGAGGGAUGACUAUGAGAGAAACUUUGUUUCGGCAGUGGUGCCUCCUGGCGAAGUUGGUGUUAGGUUUGAUGAUGUAGGUGCUCUUGAAGAUGUGAAAGAUGCACUUAAUGAACUUGUUAUUCUCCCCAUGAGGAGGCCAGAGCUUUUCUCUCGUGGAAAUCUGUUGAGGCCAUGCAAAGGAAUUUUACUUUUUGGGCCUCCUGGAACUGGGAAGACACUUCUUGCCAAGGCACUGGCAACAGAAGCAGGGGCGAAUUUUAUAAGUAUAACAGGUUCAACGAUGACAUCAAAGUGGUUCGGAGAUGCUGAGAAGCUAACAAAGGCUCUUUUUUCAUUUGCUAGCAGGCUCGCACCUGUCGUUAUAUUUGUUGAUGAGGUGGACAGUUUGCUUGGUGCUCGUGGUGGUUCCUAUGAACAUGAAGCUACUAGAAGAAUGAGAAAUGAAUUCAUGGCAGCUUGGGAUGGAUUGAGGUCUAAAGACAGCGAAAGAAUCCUCAUCCUUGGGGCAACAAAUCGGCCCUUUGACCUUGAUGAUGCUGUUAUCAGGCGAUUACCAAGAAGAUUAUACGUAGAUCUACCUGAUGCUGAAAACCGUAAGAAGAUUUUGAAGAUAAUUCUUGGGCAAGAGAAUCUAGAACAUGGUUUUGAGAUUGACAAGCUCGCAAGCAUGACUGAGGGAUACUCUGGGAGUGAUUUAAAGAACCUUUGUAUUGCUGCAGCAUAUAGGCCCGUUCAAGAACUUUUAGAGGAAGAAAAAAAGGGAAGCAAAAAUUCAUCUCCAACACCAAGGCCACUUAAUUUGGAUGAUUUCCUACAGUCAAAAAGCAAGGUUGCUCCAUCGGUUGCUUAUGAUGCUGCGAGCAUGAACGAGCUCAGAAAGUGGAACGAACAGUACGGAGAAGGGGGAAGCCGGAGAAAAUCACCGUUUGGUUUCUAGGAAGAACAACAGAACAGGUCACUAAUUCCAUUUUCCUGAUUUUUUGCCCUUUUCCAUUGAAAGUGUCCUCCCGGUUACAGUGUUGCUUCCAAUCUCAAGAGACCCCACAAUUAAAUCCCUUCUAAGAUGGUGAACGGAGAAGCUUUUAUGUUUUGUAGCUAUAGUUCUUUUUCUUUGUUAGAACUGGAAUUAGGGCAUGUACAUUAAACCAUUUCUUCUUUUUAGUCGUUGGCAAUCCUUACCGAUAUAGAUAAUAAGAACACAGAUUUU